AUGUUGUCGCAAAUCCAAGUGAUUGUUUGCAUAACCGUCAGUUGGCUGGUGGCAAGUUCAGGAACGGUUAACGUGGCCAUCUUCAAACAGGUCUUCCAAACCUGCGCCAACGUCGUUCAACAGGUCCCUUCUGACAGUCUGAUUCUCUGCUCUGCGACCUGUGGAGCCGCCAAGCUAGACUGUCUUGGGUUCUGCUACUCGGCGUCGAACGCGUCGUGCAUGUUGCACAAAUCCUCUGCAUUGACGAACUCAGCGAUGAUCGUCGGCAUGAGAACCUACUCCUUCUACCCCGCCGCCGCUCACGCCACUGCUUUUGCCAACUGCCGAGCCUUGAACAACUACCUCGCUAUACCGGCAUCAGCGUCUGAAGUCACCGAUAUACGCACGGCCGCUAAAGGAGCUGGCGGUCUCUGGAUAGGGAUUGAUGCUGUUGGGCACAACGGACAAAUCUUCACUUCCGGUGGUCCAGCCGAUUACGGAGAUCAACCCGUGAGGUACGCACCAUUCGCCCCUGGACAGCCAGAUAAUUUGGCUAGCGCAGAACAGUGCAUUAUGCUUUGGACAAAUGGAUUCAACGACGCAGGCUGCACAAUCCUGCUACCGUACGUCUGCCAGUCGUUUGUACCCUACAGCUGUGUUGCGCUGCCUCAUCCUGCCUACUCUGCUGACUACAUGUGCUACAGCAGACUGUAAUAAUUAAACCAAUCAUACCUACAUGUGCUACAGCAGACUGUAAUAAUUAAACCAAUCACAUCUAUUGCCGUCUGUGAUAAGUUUGGCUCACAAUUUGUCGGUACCUGCGUGAAUUGUGUGCUACAGCAGACUGUAAUAUUAAACCAAUUACAUAUAUUUCCGUCUGUGAAAAUUAGUUUGGCUCACAGUUUGUAGGUACCUGCUUGAAUUCUUUCAUCCCCUUUCAAUUAAUCUGACUGAUCGCACUCCUGCUGCACUUAUCAUUGAUCCUUAUGGUGAAGUAACUUUGGAAGCAUUUUUUACGUACAGUUCACUAGCAAAUUGAGGGAUAUGGAAAGAGAGGAAACAGAUUGGUGGGAAAAAAUGUGAAAUGAGAAGUAAGUGGCAGACAAACUUGGUAAAUCACAAGAUUGGGUUAGGUUCUUUGUUUGCGAUCCUUUUUGAGCGAAUCUAUACCGAGACAAUAUGGAACUUAACAAAACCGAAAACUCUCAGAACGACAAGCCUAUUCCGCAUUGAGAAAUGCCACUGAGAUUUCAUCACCGUUCGAUUAUUGAAGUACACACCAUGCCGCAAUUGUGCAUAAACUCUUUAUUUCCAUAAAUAAAACUAUGAAAAUAUGCCUAUGUACCGAACAAUGAUUAGUACCGGUACGUUGCCAGCAAGAAGCAACUGU